AUGUUCCAUGCCGAUGAGGUGAACGCUGGGCAUGCGGCGGCCGAUGUGAAGCAGCGGCAGGAUACUACCAUCACGAACGAGGAGUCUAGAAAAGCGGCAGAGCUCAUUCAACGAACAUUUCGAGGGCAUCGAGCCCGGCGGCGACUUAAGGGCUUCGGGCUCGAUGCAUCAACCAAAUGGGCCGAAACUGCCCGUGAUGCGCAAUUCCAGAAAGAGAUCACAAGUCCCAUAGAUCAUAAUGCCACUAAGGAAGAGAACAGUGCACGGUCGCCGGCGCGAAAGAACUGGUCGCAUGUUCUGAACGUUGCAAAGCGCGCAGCCCGCGAAGACCUCUCCUCUGACGAGUCGCAAGAUGACGCGGAUGAGAACAGGCACUAUGGACAAGAGCAGAACUCACAGACACUUUCUGAGGAGCAGCGGUCUGCCCUACGCAAAGACCGGCGGGAGGCUCGUGAGCUUGGGAAGAAGAAAGCUAAAAUGAUGGAGCUGCAGUAUUGGCUAGAGUUCGUCGAUACAAAGCACAGGCAUGGCUCGAAUCUGCGGAAAUAUCAUGCUUACUGGAAGACUCAAGACACAUCUGAGAACUUCUUCCAUUGGCUCGACUACGGCGCUGGGAAGGAUCUCAACUUGGAAGAAUGCAGCCGAGAAAGGCUCGACAGGCAGCAAGUCAGGUACUUGUCUCGCGAGGAACGCCUCAAAUAUCUCGUUGAAGUCGACUCUGACGGUCUCUUGCGGUGGGCGAAGAAUGGGGAGAAAGUCUGGACCAAAGACGAGUUGUUCAAGGACAGUUUGGAAGGCAUCGUCCCCACGAGUGAUACCACGCCAGCUUUCAAGAACAAUGAGCCUGGGCAAGCAUGGGAAUCAUCCUCAGACGAUGACAAUUCCUCCUCCCGAUCUAGGUCAAGCUCGUCGUCAUCAUCAUCCAAGUCCAACAAGUCGACCACAGACCCUGACGAGGGCAGCAAUUACAUCAACGAGGACUUCCAUCGCGCACGCGGCCCAGCCAAGCUCAAGUACGUGUCUGCCGGUGUCGUAUUCAACCAUAUGAUCCGCAGUUCGCUGAAGAAGGGCCACAAAUGGAUCUUCGUGUGCGACACACAGCUCCGCCUCUACAUCGGGUACAAACAAGCAGGAGCGUUCCAACACUCAUCCUUCCUUCACGGCUCUCGCGUCCUCUCCGCGGGUCAGAUCAAGGUUAAAGACGGCCGACUGCGUCGCUUGAGCCCGCUGAGCGGACACUACCGCGUUCCAGCUGCAAACUUUCGGACAUUUAUCAAGUCGCUCAAUGAUUCCGGCGUGGACAUGUCCAAACUCUCCGUGUCUCGCAGCUACGCAGUUCUUGUUGGGCUGGAAGUCUACGUCAAGUCGCGCCGUAAAGUGAAGAGCGGCCAGGAGAAAGUUGUCAAGCAGAAGGAUAAGAUCUUGGACCCUGAAAAGGUGCGCGAGGAGGAAGAGAAGAACGUUGACAAGAGCAAAUCGGCUGCAAAGGAGCGAGAAGUGCUUGAGAAGCAGAGGCAGGAAGAGGAAGAAGCUGCGAGGAUACAGAAACUGGAGCGCAGGACAAGUCGUAAGAAUUCCAUGAAGGGUUGGUUACAGAAAUUGGGCAUCAGGUCCAGUAGUACAAAGGACGAGUGGUCUCCAACAACUGCAAGGGCUGAAGAUAAGGAAAAGCAGAGGGAAGCGAUCAGGGAGGAGAGAGCGAGUGCUCCGACUGGCCCGGAAGAUGGGAUUCCCCCAGCGGAUGAGUCUCGAUCGUGA